AUACACACACAAGACGGAUGACAGGGUGAAUGUGACAGAGUGAAGCAGGAGAGCAAGUUUGUCCAGGGAAAGGAAAUGUGUCUGUUUGUUCUGUGAUUAAAGGUGUAGCAGCCAAAGGGGGUAGGAGGAGGCAGAGAGAGAAAUCGAAGACGAGUGAGAGAGAGAGAGAGGGAGAGAGGGAGCAGACAGACAGAAAGAGAGAGGGGGAAGAGGGCAAUAGUGUUGCGUUACAUUUAGACCCAGAGCAAAGACAAAAUGUACAUGGGGGACCGCUUAAUAGAGCUCUACUGAGAGUGAUGAAAAGCUUUUUCUACAGCCUGCAAGGCAGACAGGCGUGCAGCUGGGAGAGUGCAGCCUGGAGGAAUUCAGGUGCUCAGGACAGAUUACACUCAAAAAUUUAUACAUAUCAUCCCAAGAAAAGCAGCUUUUCACCACAAUACAGCAGCAGCAGGGGCGGCGGAUCCCAUAGUGCCAUUCAUCCUGGCGCUCCUGUGGAGCCACUGGUCAUAGAGCUGGUGUCCACUCCCGCCAGAGGUAAUGCCACCUCCUGGGAAUCCGUGGAGAGCUGGACAGCCUGACCGAGCGAGACAGACGAGGAAGCGGGACGGAUUUCACAGGGAUGAGAGCGGCCACAAGCUGAGGAGAACCAAGAGAGGGAGACGAGCGGAGUCACCAAGAAGAGGAGGUUUUGAUGUGGAGAAUGGAUUGUCUGUGGGACGCAGCCCCCUGGACCCUCAGGCCAGCCCUGGCUCUGGUCUGGUCCGACCGACCAAUUUCCCUCACAGCCAGCGGCGGGAAUCUUUCCUCUACCGCUCUGACUCUGACUUUGACCUGUCACCUAAAGGUCCCUCAAGAAACUCCUCCACUGCCAGUGACCUGGAAGAAAGCUUGAAGCAUUGGGAAGUCAACUGGUUGUCAUCUCGACAUACAGAAGACAUGAUCGUCACACCGUUUGCACAGGUCCUCGCCAGCCUGAGGACAGUCCGAAGUAACUUUGCCGUCAUAACCGGCCAGCAAGAUCGCACAGCCAGCAAAACGCGAUCCUCGGGCAGCAACCCACCAUCCAUGUGCAAGACCAGCCUCGCAGAGGAGCCUCACCAGCAGCUGGCCAUAGAGACUCUAGAUGAGCUGGACUGGUGUUUGGAACAACUAGAGACACUGAAAACCCGACACUCUGUCAGUGAGAUGGCGUCCAACAAGUUCAAGAGGAUGUUGAACCGAGAGCUCAGCCAGCUGUCAGAAACCAGCCGUUCAGGGAACCAGGUGUCCGAGUUCAUCUCCAGCACCUUUCUGGAGAAACAGCAUGAUAUGGACAUCAUGUCUCCCCCCACGAAGGAAAAAGAGAAGAAGAAGCGUCCUAUGUCCCAGAUCAGCGGUGUGAAGAAAGCCACCCACAGCCCCAGCCUCGCCCCUUCUACCAUCCCUCGCUUUGGGGUCAAUGCUACCCAGGAAGGACUCCUAGCUAAGGAACUUGAGGAUAUAGAUCGAUGGGGUAUUGACAUCUUUAAGGUCUCUGAAUAUUCUGGGAGUCGCCCACUGACAGUCACCAUGUACACCAUUUUCCAGGAACGUGAUCUGCUCAAGUCCUUUAAGAUUCCAGUGAACACUUUCAUUACCUUUAUAAUGACUUUGGAGGACCAUUACCAUUCUGAUGUGGCCUACCACAACAACAUCCAUGCUGCCGACGUGGUCCAAUCCACAAAUGUGCUGCUGUCCACACCUGCACUCGAGGCUGUGUUUACUGAUCUGGAGAUCCUUGCUGCUCUGUUUGCCAGCGCCAUCCAUGAUGUGGAUCACCCUGGAGUUUCCAAUCAGUUUCUCAUCAACACCAACUCAGAACUGGCUCUGAUGUACAAUGACUUGUCAGUGCUGGAGAAUCACCACCUGGCUGUAGGCUUUAAGCUUCUGCAGGAAGACAACUGUGACAUCUUUCAGAAUCUCAACAAAAAACAGCGUCAGUCACUUCGCAAAAUGGUCAUCGACAUGGUGCUCGCCACAGAUAUGUCCAAACACAUGAACCUAUUAGCAGACCUGAAAACCAUGGUGGAGACUAAGAAAGUUACCAGCCUGGGAGUCCUGCUCUUAGACAACUAUUCUGAUCGCAUACAGGUUCUUCAGAACAUGGUUCACUGUGCUGAUCUGAGUAACCCGACCAAACCUCUCGAGUUGUACCGCCAGUGGACGGACCGCAUCAUGGUGGAGUUCUUCACGCAGGGGGACAGAGAGAGAGAGAAAGGCAUGGAGAUCAGCCCCAUGUGUGACAAGCACAAUGCCUCAGUAGAAAAGAACCAGGUGGGUUUCAUUGACUACAUCGUUCAUCCUCUGUGGGAAACAUGGGCUGACCUGGUGCACCCUGAUGCUCAGGACAUCCUGGACACACUGGAGGAUAACAGAGAGUGGUAUCAGAGCAUGAUCCCCCACAGCCCGUCACCCAACCCAGAGGGCCAGGAGGAGGAGGAGGAAGAUGCCUUUGCCGGGGAAGCUUCCGCACACGGUCGGAGUAGCGGGUCCGGUUCUGCCGACAAGUUUCAGUUUAAGCUGACCUUAGAAGAAGAAGGAGAGUCGGAUGCAGAGAGUCCACCUGAGGAAGAGGAGGGUUGCAGCAGCAGCGGGAGGCAUGAAAUCUACAGAUCUGAUUCAGUAUCUUCUGCGUCUCGACGGCUUCCCAAAAUGCUUACAAGUGACUCAGGCAGGACGUUUUCUUUAGACUCGGAGAAAGAUAUGGCAGAAGAAAGAGAAACAGAUGAAGGUGUCUCUGAGGUUCCACGCUUUAGAAUUGGCACAUAGCACCAGUCAAUAGUUUUUCAUUCUUUCGACUUUCUUUGUUUAAUUAUUCCUGAUUUCAGUGCCUCACCCUCUGUCACUCCCCUUCUCCCACUCCAAGCAAACACCACCACCUCUGUUUUUUCUGCGGGGUUAAGAGGGGUUAAGAGAAAGACUCAAGGUGGGGAGUACAGGAGUGCAGGAAGCCGUGGGGAGCAUUGUGAAGGUCUGCAGUUUUACACAGCAGUCACUUGCACUGGAGAGAGACAGAUAGACCGAGUCACUGUUCCAAUAAGGACAGGAAAUCUGCAUCUCUCGUUCAGACAAAUUGUGGAUGAAGUUCCACAGAGACGAUGAGAAGUUAGAAAAAUAGAUUCUUUUCUACCAGCUAGCCUAAGGUCUGCUACAACUAAAGACGGACAUGUCUUCCUCUAAUGGAGUAUUUUUUGUGACGAGAGCGAGGAAGUGAUGAAUGACCGUGAAACCAGAGUCUUUUAAGACUUCUUGACAAACUUGCAAAUUACAGGGACAAUGCUGGUUUGCCUGCCUUUUUUGUUUUUAGUUUGUUUUUUUAAUUCUGUUGUCUGUUAUUCAGAUUCACACACAGUAAACUGAUGAUCCAGCUAACAGCAAACUUGAAAGCAGUGUAGGCAAAUUCAUGGCAAAAAAGUAGAACUAGGAUUUUGUUUUGGGGUUUUUUUUUUUGGAGGACACCUUAAAUGUAGCAGAUAUUUGAAGUGACUCUAUCACUGUGUUUGUAUACAUGCAGUAGCACUCCUUUCAGCUGGUGUUGCACAGCCAAUUUAAUUGUAUUCAGCAGGCAGUUGCUUUAUGAUUAUAAUGCCAGAGCUGGCACCGCAUAUUAUUUUUACGUUUUUCAGAUGUGUUAUUUCCAUUUUUAUAAUCCUAAACUGAGAUAUGGUUAGCAACAAAACUGAGCCAUGGUCGGUGUAGCGUUAGGUAGUUUAGGAACGAUUGGGCUGUGCUUAUGGUGCCUCCCAGUGUCCAUAUGUGGAACUAAAGUUCUGGGACUGUGGUAAGUGAUUUGCAAGUUUUUAGUUUAUAUGGAGAAAACAUAUUAAACUGUAGGACUACCCAAAAUGUCAGUUACUUUUCUGUUUUUGUUGCUGUAUUGUUUUGAUUAUUUUUGUCUGACUUUUUCAUUUUUUGCUGUCUCAAUGUUUGGCGCCCAUUUUAUCAGUUUGCCUUCAGGUUUUAGCACUUUGCAGAUUUGUUCAUAGGUAGCCCUCCUUUCUGUCUGUUUUUAAGGGCUCAAGCUAAAACACGAGCACAUUGGAGGCUUUUGACUGAGAAAUAGUAACUAGUACGGACAUUUUGCAAAAAACAAAAAAACUCAAUGUCACAGUAGAGCUCCAAGUACAUUAAGCUAUUAAAGUUCUAAUAUUCUUACUACACAGCAUCUACCUACUGAAAUAGUGUUUUUGGUAAUAUCCACUUGCAUAGAUUACUGCACUGAUAAGGGCAGUGUCUUAGAAACAUGAGGGUUGUAAUGACAGAUGUUAGCAUCGUUGUAACUGUAAAAACCCAGGAGGUUACAAAGAGCCAGUUCCCUGUGCCUGAAUUUCUCCUCUUUUUCCUCCCAUUGAUCAAUAUUUUGCUCUCCACAGGGACAUGCCGGUAGUCAAUGACAAAAACAAGUGCCAAGCAAGCAUGACACAACCCGUACUGUAAUUUCCAUUUUGCCACUGGCUACUUUCCAUCAGUGAUUGAUAAAGUUGGUUGAUUGUAGCACCCUGUGUGCCAAUCUGACCUCAGCGUCUCUGUUCCUUUUUCUUUUUUUCCUAACUCCUCUUCAAACCGUAACUGAAACUGAUAUUGUCUUAAAACAGUGGCGUGUUCAUUGUGUGGGUGAAUUUCUUUUUUUUUAAGUAUUUGCUAAGAAGAAAAAACCAAAGCACUUUGUAUGGUUCUUUUACACUUCUGCACUUCCACUUCAGUUGAAAACUGUUUCUUUUUUUUCUGUUGAUGGACGGCCUGGUGGUUUAAUUAAAUUGUGUGAGCUGGACCAUUGAAGCUCCUACAGGGCAGAUGUCAGAAGGACAGAAGUUCCUUUUCUUUUUUGUCCUUUUUAUAAUUAACUAAUUGACUGUACAAAAUGAGUGUUUUGUUGAAAUGCAUGAAAUUGGCUGCAGGAUUGAAACAAUAUGAAGAAUAUACAGAGUACUUACAAAACGUAUCCUGUUGAAAAAAAUGUUUUAUUACCAUAAAACAGUGUAAAUUAUAUUUUAAAUGUGUGGAUGAGCUUUUUUUCUUUUUUUGAAGCCUUAUUUUUGAACUUGGUAUUUAUUUCUUGUCACUGACAUGCUGGAGUAAGACAUGUGCAAUCUUUUCUGUAGCCGACCACUCAAUUCUCAAGGAUGCCUUCAACACUAAGGACUAUUUAACAACACUAUAACCAGCACAACAUGCAAAGAUUCAGUGUGUCUCUCUGUGUGUCACUAAUUUUGUUCAUUUUCCUCACAGUACUUUAUGUACAGUUUAUUUAUUGCUUCUGUAUUAUCUGUCAGAAACUAUGAAACAAACAAGUAGAGUUAUUUUUAGUCUAAGGUUUAUUACUUACACCUAGGUUCAUGUGUGAGAAAGUCAAACGGGGCAGAUUUCAACUGUUACUCAUGACUCAUUCGUUUUUUGUUUUUUUUUCCUUCUCGCUUCUAUUUCCCUGCAUAUAACAUUAUACAUAAGCAAAUAUUUUCAUGUUUCUCUUGGUGUGAAAGUAAUUGAGUGACAGAUUUCCGUCUGGGUUUUCUGGAUCAUUCUUACCUGCCUUCCUCUGUCUUCCCUGAUCUGAUCUUGUCACGUGUUCAUAAAGGAUCUCACAGUAUGUGCGUUUAUCUGAAACCUCUUUGAUUCUUAGUGAACAUAAUGUAGUCGAACAGUCUUAGCAGCCAACCAAGACCAGUAUUUCUGUGCGUAGAGAUUUUUAUGAAAAUGUGUCAUAAACUGAAACUCUGCAGCUUUGACAAUCCAACUCUGCUGUUUAACUCUGGGUGCAUUAGCCCUCUGUCCAACUAGAACUGUAUGCCUUGCCAAUAAAGAAAAAGCUCUUCACUCUGGGA